CAAAAUUAUGUAUCGUCCUAAACCCGGUGAAACAGAAGAGGAUUUACUCCGUUUUCAGGAAGAGUUCCUAAGGAAGCAAAAUGUGUCAUCGGCAAAACUGACAAAGAACAGCGAUAACAAAGGGGAACCAAGCACUAAAAACCCAGAUCCCAAAACAACUCUGAAACGAGAUGUUGUCAAACUUGACGAUUCCUCCACAGUUAGUCCUGGUGAUGUUCCAAGAAAAAAGUCCAAAUUCAAGUCUUCACAAAGGGAAUCCAAUGUUUCUAGCUCUAGUAGUCAGAGGGUAUACUUUGACUUGGAUGGUAAUAAUCAUGAUAAUAUGCACAAAGAAAUGGACCAGAGAGAUUCUCACAUCACCUCAGUUUUGUCAGAUAUUAUCGAAAGAGACAUACGUGAUGUUCCUGUGUAUCUACCGAGGGCAAUGAACCAGGCUUUUCCAUCAGCAUUCCAUCGUGGAAAACAAGAUGAUAAAAGACUAAAAGACGUGCCAGAGAAAAAAAGACCCAGUUUAUUUGCACAACAUUUCUCAAGAACAAAGCCGUCAGAAUUUGGAAUGAUAUCAGAGAUGAAACAAGUUGAGGUACCUAACGUAACAAGUAAAAUACAUUCCAAAACCAUUGACAAUGUGCGGAAUAUAGCAAAGAAUCCUGAAUCUAAUGAAUCUGGGCAGGAGGAAAAGAUGGAAGUGGAAGAAAACGCAGUUGGUCAGAUGGCUUCUCUGCCUGUAACACCACUUGUUAUUACUGGUGAAGGGUUGGAUCAAGUUGAGAGCUCCAAAGAAGCCAUCAAGAUACAUAAGGAAAAUUUGACAAAACUUUCAGAAAUGCCAGAAGCUGAAAUUCUUGCUGAACAAAAACAACUGAAAUCAAUGCUUGACCCAAACAUAGUUGCAUUUUUGGCAUCAAAAAAACAGAAAACUACUUCUUCACCAUCAAUGGAUACAUCAAAUGCAGAAACCACAGCAAAAAUUCCACAUGGAAAUGAACAGGUAGUUGAACAAACGAUGAGUUCACCCAAAUCUGGUACUUCACCAAUCACAUCCAGGAAAGGCUGGGUCCACAUGGAUACAGUGGAAAAGGAGAAACUGGAAUGGAUGCAGGAAGUUCCCAAACCAAAAACAGGAGAGAAAAAAAUUGGUGUGCAAGCGCGGUUCAAUUUACAUGGUGUCAUCAUUGCACGCGACUCUGAUAUAUCGAUGCGGGAAGGAUUACAUCAUCAUGGGGAGGAACCAGAGGUUCCUGGCUAUACGUUAGAAGAAAUGUUUCAACUUUGUAGAAGUGCUGCUCUCAAUCAGAGAAUCCUCAGUUUACAGAUUUUAGCUAAAGUAUUGUAUAAUUAUCGUUUAGAUAGACUUGGCGGGGAUUUACAAGUGGCUUUGAUACCACAUUUAUUGGAUGCUGGCUUAAUAUUUAUACUACGGCAGUCGUUGGAUGAUACCAGUGAAGUUGGUAUUGCUGCUGCUGUUGAUGCAUUCAAAUCGGUCCUGAUACAACCCGCUGAUGAGGAAUGUUUAGAUAAAGUGUACGGCUGGUAUCGUGGAUGCGAAGUACAUCCACUUUUCUUGUCAAAAGAAGAAGAUGAAGAUGAGGAGGAUGCUGACAGCAAUAAAAAGGAGAAACAUGAAAUUGAGAUUUUAGAACAAGAUGUCAUAAAGGGUUUACUAAAAAUGAAAUUUCUUGAAAGAUUACGAUACAUUCUAGAAAUAUGUCGGCCUGACCCGACUGUCGUCAUCAAUAUACUGUUGCUGCUUAUCCGAUUGGCUAGACACUCGCCAGAAGCGUCACAUGAAAUAAUGAAAUGUCCCAGAUUGAUGAGUACUAUAUUUACAAUGUUUUUACCGACGACUUGGACACCAACGGAUCGUUCUAUCAUCGAUGAUGUCUAUGGUUUCCCAGUGCACCAUGCCAUGAAAUUAGUAAGGGUGUUAUGUAUGGCUGGAAGAAACAUAGCAGCUAUCAUAGUAAGUACAUAG